AAGUCUUAUCUUAGAUUGCUCCGGGAAGAAGCGGGAGAGAUGAAUUGAGGGUUUCAUAUCAUCUUAGGCUUAUCCCUCUGUGAGGGCCUUCAAAUUUGCAGAGAAAAAAAUGACGACAAUGAAGGCUUUCUUAACGUGGCUGAUAUUAAUGCAUAUCCUGUAUGCAGGGAAAUCCUCUGAGGCAGACCCUGUUCCUGCUGCUUGGCCAGAGCAGUUCCAUUCCAUUCUGUACAUCAACAAUAGCGGGUCUCUGCAGGUGACUGAUCUGUGGUACGACUGGCCAAAUGGCAGGAAUUUCAACAUAAUUCAGAAGCAGCUUGGAAGGAAACUCUAUGAUUUGGAAUGGAACAAUGGAACUUCCUUUUAUUACUAUCUUGAUAAAAAUGAGUGCAAAAUGAUGCAUUUUGAGGUCGGAAUUCUGAGGCCCAAUUGGCUUGAAGGUGCGCAUUAUGUUGGGGUUCGGUCUGUUGAUGGCUUCCUCUGCAAUGUUUGGGAGAAGGUGGAUUUCAUUCACUACUAUGAAGAUAUUGUUACCAAGAGGCCCGUCCACUGGCUCUUCUACACAGGUAUGUCUGUCCAUGUGAUGACAUUUGAGGUAGGCUCAAAUUUAGAGGAUGUUUAUUGGCAAGCACCCGCUUAUUGUUUUGAGGAGGAGGAUGGAAAGGGUAAAAGAAAUCAUAUAAAGAAAGAAAGUCACCUUGGAAGGAUAUUAGCUGGUCUCAAACAUAUAGCAUUGUUUCAAUAGAUUCUAAUAGAUCCUAUGCCUUGUGGAAAAAAAAAGAGAAAGUUGAAGUAAAGAAUUCUUCUAAUGAUUGUUAUAUGGUAAUUAGUAUUUCACUUUAAUUAAUAAAUAUAAUUUGUUUAAUUUAAUAUAUUAUAUAAAGUAUUAUGGAUUGAGCA